AAAUAUGAAUGAAGUGCAGAAAACUCCUAGAUCAUUCUCUCUUUAUCUCUUUGGAGGGUUUAUUUCUUUAAAUCUACUCUUUUGAACACAAAUUAUUGGUGUAAAAACUCUUCGGAAUGAGUAUGCUUUGUUACCCCUUUCUUUAUGAAUCAUUGUCUCAAUGCUCAAGCAUUUGAUGACUGUUGUGUACUCUAAAAAUAAGUUCAGGAGUCCGACAAUUCAAUAUCAUAUGGCUAGCAUUACUUUCAACAUAUCGGUCUUAUUGCUCUUGAUUUGUUGUGGGAGGUACUUAGAUUUAAGCGCACAACUAACAGAAUAUCAGACAGAUAAUAGAAGGAAAGAGAAAGCAGGGUUUAUAGAAGAGGGGGAUGAAGAAUACGACGACCUUGAAGAACAAGUUGCCAAGGAAGUAGCUCAGAGUAGACUCUGGGUUUUUGUAAUGGCUUAUAUGGCGAUUGUCACUUAUUGAUUAGUCAUUUAUGUAUUUGGUAAAGUAGAAGAAGAAUAUUUGAUCACUCUUGGACAAUCUGGAGAGGAGAGACAGUCUCUGUUUAGCUGGGAAGGAAUCAGCUCAGCCAUAAGCUCAUGGUCAGUGAUCUGAUCAGGAGGAGCUUGAUAUAAUGUUGGUACAAAUGCAAUGGGGAGUGUUGGUAGUAGUCUUGGAGCAGGUUUUGCGUAUUUAAGCCAUCUAAUUUUGCCAAUUACUAUUGUGUUCAUUAUGAUAUCUAUCUACACUCUGAGAAUUCAUUCCUGGGCAAUUAUUGGCAGUGGAGCAUUUGGAGGCUUAAUCAUCAUCAUUAGCUCUAUUCUUGAGCUACAUUUUAUAAUUCUACUAGUUGGUAAUGUAAUCUUAAUAGCCACUUCUUUGGUUGCUUCAAAGAGGAAAAAGAAGAAAUCAAAGAAGAGCAAGUAA